AUGGGAGACCUUCAGCUGUGCUGGAUGGGAGAUUUUAAACAACUGAAGCAGUUUAUAAACGAAAAUAUUCAGUUAAAUGCUGUAUGGAAUUCACCAGGCGGAGACAAGAAAACAUACAGUGACGGCCACACUUCAAUAUCGUGGCGGAAAAACAAGAAAGUUUUGCAAAUAGAGGGUAAAGAGAAGGACCUGAUUAAAUCUAAGUUAUGUUCAGUGUUAUGCAAUGUACAUUCUCAUAUCCUGGCAAAGGAAUCCGUUGCUACAGACGAGGGAAGCGGAAAUUCCUCCCUGACAUUAUCUGGGCUGUCUGCUGAUAUGUAA